UCUGGUCUUUGGAACCCGGCUUUCUCCCGUCCGCCUUUCAGCAUGAAAGCUUUCAGCCCGGUGCGGUCCGUCAGGAAAAACGGUCUCUCGGAGCACAACCUGGGCAUCUCCCGGAGCAAAACGCCCGUGGAUGACCCUAUGAGCCUGCUGUACAACAUGAACGAUUGCUACUCCAAGCUGAAGGAGCUGGUGCCCAGCAUCCCGCAGAACAAGAAAGUCAGCAAGAUGGAAAUCCUCCAGCACGUUAUUGACUACAUCUUGGACCUGCAGAUCGCCCUGGACUCGCACCCGACCAUCGUCAGCCUUCACCACCAGAGACCUGGGCAGAACCCUUCCUCCAGAACUCCUCUGACCACCCUAAACACAGACAUCAGCAUCCUCUCGCUACAGGCGUCCGAGUUUCCCUCAGAGCUCAUGUCAAGCGACAGCAAAGCACUUUGUGGCUGAAACAAACGGUGAGUGCGAUGCUCUUUAUUUUUCAGACUUCAGGUUAAAAAAAAAAUGCCUGUUUAGGGAACGAGAGAUGUGCUUGGCCAUG